GAAAGAGUUGAAAUGAUUCCAGUUAAAUUUUGAUACAGCAACAGUUCAUCACACCGUGAAUGACGUUCAAAGAAAGCUUAUCGUCAACAUUUUCCUCAGUAGAGUUUCGAGUUUCGUUGAGUGUCGUUCGUUUAACUCCGCGCGAGGCUCUUCUGGCGUUUUCGGUUGACCGUUUCCGUUAAGUUACUUCCGAAGGGUGUCGGGAAAUUCUGGUGAUUUUCAUAGAAGUGAUUUCUUUUUCGAAGCAGUUACACAAGUGUAUUGGGAUGGUGGUAACGUAGCAAGCUCAGGAAAAAAAAGAAGUGAAAAGUGCAUGCGUGUGUGCGAGGAAGAAGAGGAAAAUCGACACAAAAGAGAGCAACAGUGGAGCAAGAAAUAAAACUGGAAAUAUUCAACUUCUAGCGGAUUCCGUACGGUUAAAAAUUAAAACCCGGGGUUUUUUUUUGCGUGGAUACAAACAAAUCAAGGAACAUUAUCGCGUACGGUCACCGAACGUUGAUCGUGCUGACGUAGUGUUGCAGUUCUUCUUAAGUUUUGUUCUACCUACCCGUUUACCCUCCACUUUAGUAACUGAAAACAUCGUCCAAAAUGCCUAAAUCGAUGAACGUGCGGGUGACGACGAUGGACGCCGAACUGGAGUUCGCGAUCCAGCAGAGCACCACCGGUAAGCAGUUGUUCGAUCAGGUUGUCAAAACCAUCGGCCUCCGGGAGGUUUGGUUCUUCGGGCUCCAGUACACAGACUCCAAGGGCGAUCUGACGUGGAUUAAGCUGUACAAAAAGCCGGAGAAUGUCGUCUGCAAGCACAUGCGAAAGAUAAAAAAAAUUAUCAUUCGUAACAUCGAACAACGCAUUUCGGUAGGUCCAAGCACUGCCGCUUCAUCGUCUGCCGCUGGUGAUGUCGCGGCUUGCGGUCAGCAGCAGCGCAACUGUUCAGGGCAACGGCCCGGUCAGGAGGAGGAAGACUCUGAUGGGGAGGAUUUGACAGGAUCGAUGCCAUUCUCGCGAUGGGUCAUGAGUCAGGACGUUCAGAAGGGCGAUCCGCUGCAGUUCAAGUUCCGUGCCAAAUUCUACCCGGAGGACGUCGCCGAGGAGCUGAUCCAGGACAUUACGCUGCGGCUGUUCUACCUGCAGGUCAAGAAUGCCAUCUUGUCCGACGAAAUCUACUGCCCGCCGGAAACGUCGGUGCUGCUGGCCUCGUACGCGGUUCAGGCCCGGCACGGCGACUUCAGCAAGACGACACACUCGCCCGGUUUUCUAGUGAACGAUCGUCUGUUACCUCAACGUGUCAUCGAUCAGCAUAAGAUGUCGAAGGACGAGUGGGAAAACUCGAUCACCACCUGGUGGCAGGAGCAUCGUGGCAUGCUCCGUGAAGAUGCCAUGAUGGAGUACCUCAAAAUAGCACAAGAUCUUGAAAUGUACGGUGUAAACUAUUUCGAGAUCCGUAACAAGAAAGGAACAGAGCUCUGGUUGGGUGUGGACGCCCUCGGCCUCAACAUCUACGAGAAGGACGACCGACUCACGCCGAAGAUUGGUUUCCCCUGGUCCGAAAUUCGAAACAUUUCCUUCAACGAUCGGAAGUUCAUAAUCAAGCCAAUUGAUAAAAAAGCACCGGACUUUGUUUUCUUCGCCCCGCGCGUUCGCAUCAAUAAACGAAUUCUGGCCUUGUGCAUGGGCAAUCACGAGCUGUACAUGCGCCGUCGUAAGCCGGACACCAUCGAUGUUCAGCAGAUGAAGGCGCAGGCACGUGAGGAGAAGAACGCCAAACAGCAAGAGCGCGAGAAACUUCAGCUUGCCUUGGCCGCACGAGAACGGGCAGAGAAGAAACAACAGGAAUACGAGGAAAAACUAACCAAAAUGCAGGAGGAUAUGCAACGUUCACAGGCAGAUAUUCUCGAGGCCCGGGAUAUGAUUCGUCGUCUUGAAGAGCAGCUGAAGCAGAUGCAGGCUAUCAAGGAUGAGCUGGAAGCGCGUCAAAACGAGCUGACAGUCAUGAUCAAGCGAUUGGAGGAAACCAAGAACUUGGAAGCCGCCGAACGUCAGAAACUCGAGGAAGAGAUUCGUCUCAAACAGGAAGAGGUGCAGAAGAUCCAAGACGAAGUGUCCGCCAAGGAUUACGAAACUAAGCGCCUGCAAGAAGAGGUCGAAGAGGCCAAACGGAAAGAGGUAAAAAUCAAAAAAAACGAAGCGGCCGCAGCACUGAUAGCAGCGACGACCACCCCUAGCCACCAUCACGUAGAAGAGGAUGAAGAGGAUAAUGAGGAAGAGCUGACCAACGGUGAGAACGGUGAGAAGAAUUUCUCCAAGGACCUCAGCACAGACGAGCACAUCAAGGAUCCGGUCGAAGAAAGACGCACUCUAGCCGAGAGAAACGAACGCCUGCACGACCAGCUGAAGGCCCUGAAGCAAGACCUCGCCCUGUCCCGGGAUGACACCAUGGAGACGGUCAACGACAAGAUUCACCGGGAAAACGUCCGUCAGGGUCGUGAUAAGUACAAGACCCUUCGCGAAAUUCGCAAAGGCAACACCAAACGCCGCGUCGAUCAGUUCGAAAAUAUGUAAUAGGACUCUAAUUGGUUGUACUUUUACAACUGCUAUUAUUACUACUAGUGCUUUAUCAGUGAUGAUGAUAAGUAGCGUUUCGGCGGCGUUGUUUUUUGUUGUUCUUGAAAAGUUGUUGAGAGAGAAGUUAUCGAGUGGCGCAACAAUGUCAGUUAUACAAGAACUGAAUGCAACUACCGCGGCAGGAGUAAAGUGCAUCAGUUAAGUAAGAAUAACCGGUUAUAUAUUGUUUAUAACAGCAGUAGUAGGAUUAGUUUCGGUAGAAUAACAAGUGGAAAAGGCGCAGCAUAUGGUCUAGGACACAAAGCGGGAUAUGCUAAAUAGGAAAAAAAAACAAGCUACUAAUUAUACUAUUUUUAUAUGGUAUUUUAUAUUUUUCUGUGGCCUUUUGGUUUCUGCUGUUGAAAAACUUCCAUACACACAUAUACGUUCUUGAUAAUCAUUUCCUAAGUGUGAGACACGGAACAUUGUUGGCGCAAGCAGAAGUCACUUAACGACAAUGAUAUGAUUAGAUUGUCUCUAAUUGAAUAGGUUCUAUUUUUCCAUGGAAGCAUCGAUAGCCUUUUAAAUUCGAUGUUAUUCAUAUCCUGUAACAUUUCAAAGUAUUAUUCCUACUGGAAAUUCAUUCCCCGAUAUUUUUUAUUCAAAAAUAAGCAAGUAUUCAAAAGUAUAAAAUCUUAUCAGUCAACUGUUACAAAUCUGUUAACGCUUUUUUUUAUUAUAAUAGAAACCAUGUCCACAAUCCAGGCAAUAAACGAUAUUUGAAUGACUUGGAGGAGAUGCAGUCAUCCAGGAGAACUUUAAAUGACUCCACAAAAAAAAAAAAAACAAUGAAUUCAAAUAUGAGCUAGAAGGGGAACACUAAAAGUUGUACUAACCAAACUUGAAGCUAAUCUGUAUUCUUUUUGGUAUUUGUAGAAGUGUACUAAUCGGUGAUGACGGAUAAAUAUGCGUAUGGUGUGAAGUGCGAAUGCGAGCGAGUUCUUUUUCCAUUAAGGUAUACUUAUUAAAAAUAAAUAAAACAACUUUGUUACUAAGGUAAAUGAAAAUAACUCUUACGGUUUGAUAAUAAGUUAGCGAAACAAAGAAAAGAUCGAAAAAAAAUGGAACAAAAACACCGGUUAAGCUUAGUUACAAAUAGGCAGAGCAGCUGCAGUGAAAAAAAUUGUUGAUCAUUCUUAGCGCUAAGGAGAAUAAAAAGUUAUCAACUAUUAUCGCCCCCAAUCGAGAAGGAACCAUUGAUUGCCAACAUGUAUGUGAAUUGGUCUCCUCUCCUCCGCGCUCAGGACAUUAAAUGUUCGCAACCAGUUCAAUUCGAAAAAAUACCUUAUUUAUAAUACGAGCUCCUUCCAAAAUAACGUUUUCUCAAUUGAAUGAAAUGAAGCUGUCAAAUUGUCAUUCAUGAAGUAGUGAAUCAUAAAUUCAUUUUAAGUUUUAUUUCCUCGAAGGAAAUUUAAUAUUUAUAAAAUGGUAACAUUUGCAAUUACAUAAUAACACCAGUAAGGGAAAAAGUAAUUUUGAGCGUCGGCAUAAAAUAUACCUAUAGGAAGAAAGAUAUACUUAUCAUUGAAAGAUAUAAAAAAAUCAAAAGCAUUAAAAAACAACACUUGUGUGCGAAUGCGAGAGAGUAAUCGGAAAAGGAAAAUGAUCAUAUAAAAUCUAUCUGCCAUUUUAUAAUUUUGUUUAAAUUAUUUUUAAUUAAUUCGUUUAAUUAAAAAAUAACACAAACACACAUAUACAAUUGGAACAGAAAUACAUACACACACACAUUAAUACAUUAUGGCCAAAUACACUGUGAAUGUAUGAAAAGCGCAUAAAUUCUUCAAGAACAGAUCGGUCAAUAUAUGAACGACGCAACUGGUAUGGCUCGCUUAUAUGUUUCUGUUAACAUAAAAGCAGUGAAAAUAAUAUUAUUGUGUGUGUGUUUCCGAUAGAAAUUUAUAUAUUAUACACUUUUAAAUGGUAGGUAGUAGUGCGAUAUUUAGACACAGAAUACCGAACCAAGCAACAAGUUGAAGAUGAAAGUUAACAAACAACAAUAGGCUGAAUUUUGGUUUCAAAGAUUUUUCCAGAUUCUUCCACUCAAGUUUAAACUAUCCUCUCCCAAAUGAAAGACGAAACAUGUGUCCUAUGACCGUAUUCUUUGUUUCCCUGUUUUUGUUAUCUUUAAAAUAUUUUUCUGCUAUAUUUGGAAAACAUAAUUCAAAUUAGUGUGUGUUUCCUCUGUAUAAAAAGUGUAUUUUAUUUCGUUUGUUCGCCCAAAAUCUUUGAUUAAAAUUCACGCCAUAAACUGUAAUUAAACAAAAAAAAUCACUUUUUCUUUCCAUUUUUUUCAGUUUCUUCGAAAUACCUUGUUUUUGUAGUAUGUUUUUUAAUUUAUGUAUUCAUAUUUAUUUUUUUUUCAAAUUUUGAUGAUCAAGUGAAAUAUCACAAGUGCUUUGGUCCUCAACCAAUCAAUGGAGAAAGGACUUUAAAAAGAUACACAACGAAGACUUACAUCCCAGCCUAAGGUCAAAUUUUUAGAUUGUAUACCGAUUGGCAUAAAGUCAUUUGGCAUAAAGCC